AACGGAAGUCACGGUUGCCAUGACACUAAUUUGAAAUGUCAAAUUGACGAAAUAAACAAAACGGUCGAUUUUUCUCCAAGAAAAUAUUUACAUUACAAAUGUCAGAAAAAACUAAAAACUUCGCUGCUCCGGCCGCUAAAACGUUGAAAACUAAGCGGCCUUCGACCGUUAGUGUUACGGCUACUACUUCUCGCGGUAAACUUACUGCGACAAAAGAAAAAAUUGCGCAGCGACCAGCACCAACAAAAGUGAACAAAAAUGCGACUUUGCUUGGAGAUGGAGACAUGACAAUCUGUAAACAAGAUGGUGCGAUGCCGGACUUCGAUGCAGAGUACCGCCAAAUAGCCUAUGGGAAGUUUUUACGUGCGAUGUUAGAAGAAUGUCUGGUGGACGACAAAAUACAGAGAGAGGAGACGCAAAUGGAUAUACAGAUGGCUCAGCUAGCUGAUAGGUUCCAAAAGACUAUGGACCAGCUCGAUAAGACCAAUCGGCGGCUGAAGGACAUCUCUUUUGUUGUGGAACAGAAAAGGUUGCUAGACCUCAAAAACACAGAUUCAUCGCAGUUCUUCCAAAUGACGGACGAUUCAAACGCCCAAGAUUUGUUACUCAAUCUUAAAGCAGCAGAGCAAGCGUGUCUCGAUAAACUUGAAACGAAGAACGUUGAUUUUGGCUUCAACAAGGAGAGCGGUCACAAACAGUUGCUAGACGCGGUUAACGAUGCGAUCGAGGGCCUGGAUCAGAUCAAAAAGCAUUCCAAUUUGGACGUUGAUAAGUUUAAAGAGUACGAAAAGUCUCAAAAGAAUCUCUCCGAGAUAGAUAAAGAUAGACUCGAUUUGGAAACGUUAAAGACGGACUUUGAAACUAAGUUCCCGAAGUUUAGUGAGAAGCUACUGAAGGAGGCAUCGGAGAAAAUCGCCAAAAUGAUUGAGAGCGAAGACUUUGACGAUGAAUAGUUAUUUUUGUUAUUUAUUCCAUGUAUUCUUUAUUUGUUACCAUUAAAGUUAUUUAUAAUAUCAA